AUGACGACAGUCUCUUGCCACACGCGGCCCUCGUUUCCUUACUCGAAUCCGAAAGGUGUACGCGUUGAAGGUACAGAACCGGACAAUUUGGUCGUCUACUGGAAACCCAUGGAAAAAUAUUACUGGAAUGCUCCUCACUUACAGUAUCUUGUCAGGUACAAACUGGACGAACCACAUACGGCUUGGACUGAGUUUGUUGUUGAGGAUCCAAUGGCAAAUCAUACCAUUAUCCGCGAGCAGCCAACGUUUCGUCGGUUCCAAGUUCAAGUGCGAGCUGUUAAUGCCAUUGGACCUAGUAUUCUUGAGCCGGACACUGUGAAAGGUUUCUCUGGAGAAGACGGUUUG